CUCCACGCUCCUCCACGCGCAGCUUCUCCUCCUUUGGUUUCGUCCAGACCCAGACCGAACCUCUCUGUCUUUCUUAUUACAUGAGUUCUGUCGCCUCACUUCUAUGCUUCUCUAGAUGCAUCUUGUCCUUCCAGACGGAGAAGCUCAGUUGGUUGUUGAAUUUUCGCUUUCAUGGAUCAAACUCAUAGUGAAACAAUAAUCAAAACCGAUUAUUUCCCCUGCGAAUCAUCAUAUGCCGCUUACUGUUUAUGCCGUCUUCUCCUUACCGCGGUCUCACUGUAACCGAGCUUCGCAAGUUCGUUCCCAAAUCUUGGAAACAACAGCCACCGAGACACAACAUCGAUGAAACUUCAGUAGUUCUUCCGGUUGCUCUGUUCAAAUCUCUCAUCUCCCAAGGUCGUCUCUCUGAAGCUUUCAGAGCUUUCUCUCUUCUCCUUGGUCGUCGUCACCAGUCUGGUUCUCAUGAAUUGGUUUUGCAAUCUGCUGCUUCCCUUUUAUCUACUUGCGUGGAGCUUAACGAGUUUCUUCCAGGGCAGCAGAUUCAUGCUCAUUGUAUCUCCUCAGGUCUGGAGUUUGAUCAUGUUCUGGUCCCAAAGCUUGUUACUUUCUACUCUGCCUUUAAUCUCCUUCAUGAAGCUAAGACCAUUACUGAGAGAUCUGGUGGCAUUUUCCAUCCCUUGCCGUGGAAUGUGCUCAUCGGUUCUUAUGUUAGGAACAAACGUUUUGUUGAGGCAGUCUCUGCUUACAAGCGAAUGGUUAGUAAAGGAAUUAAACCUGAUGCGUUUACUUACCCGUCUGUUCUCAAGGCCUGUGGAGCGUUGCUUGAUUUUGCAUCUGGAAGAGUGGUUCAUGCCUCCGUUGAGGUUAGCUCUCACAGGGGGAGCUUGUAUGUAUGCAAUGCGUUGAUAUCUAUGUAUACGAGAUUUGGUAAUGUGGAUAUUGCGCGGAAAUUGUUUGACAUGAUGUCUGAAAGGGAUGCUGUCUCGUGGAAUACAUUGAUUAACUGUUAUGCUUGUCAAGGCAAGUGGGAGGAAGCUCUUAAUUUUUUCGAUAGGAUGAGUCUUUCUGGUGUAGAAGCGACUGUUGUAACUUGGAACACAUUAGCUGGUGGUUUUCUGCAGAGAGGAGACUAUGUAGAGGCUUUGCGUUUUGUCGCUAAGAUGAGAAAUCACAAUGUAAGUUUAGAUUCUGUAGCUAUGAUUAAUGGUUUGAAGGCAUGCUCGCAUAUUGGAGCGAUACGGUGGGGUAAAGAGUUCCAUUGCCUUGCGAUACGUAGCUGUUACUACGCUGGUGGAAUCGGUGGUAACCUUGGAAACUCGUUGAUCACAAUGUACUCAAGAUGUGGUGAUCUUAAGCACGCCUUUAUAGUGUUUCAGCAGAUGGAAGCGAGUGAUUUGAGUAAAUGGAACUCUAUCAUCUCUGGUUAUGCGCACAACGAGAGAUCAGAAGAAACAUGUUUCCUGCUCAAGGAGAUGAUGCUCGCUGGCUUUCACCCAAAUCACGUCACUCUUGCAAGCAUUCUCGCGCUCUGUGCUAGAGUGGCAAACCUGCAACAUGGGAAAGAGCUGCACUGCUACAUCCUGAGGCGCCAAAGCUGCUUCAAGGACAGCUUAAUCACGUGGAACUCUCUUGUUGAUAUGUAUGCAAAAUCCGGAAAAAUGGGAGCUGCCAAGCGGGUAUUUGAGUCGAUGAGGGAGAGGGAUAAAGUGACAUACACUUCUUUGAUAGAUGGAUACGGUAUGGUGGGUAAAGGAGAAGUAGCCUUGGCGUGGUUCAAGGAAAUGAUCAGAUCCGGUGUUGAACCUGAUCAUGUAACCAUGGUUGCAGUUUUAUCAGCUUGUAGCCAUUCUGGUUUAGUGAGUGAAGGAGAAAUGCAGUUUAAGAAGAUGCAGUAUAUGUUUGGUAUAGUCCCUCGCCUUGAACACUAUUCUUGUAUGGUUGAUCUCUACUGCAGAGCAGGUCUGCUUGUUAACGCCAGAGAUGUAAUCCGCAGAAUCCCUUACGAGCCGUCUCGUGCUAUGUGUGCUACUCUGAUAAUAGCUUGUUUGGUCCACGGGAGCAAGGACAUUGGUGAGUGGGCUGCAGAUCUGCUACGGGAGAUGGAGCCAGUGAAUUGGGGACACUGUUUGUUGAUUGCAGAUAUGUAUACAGCUUCUGGUUCUUGGAGCAAGGUUGAAGAGGUGAAGAGGUUGAUGAGUGUGCGAGUUGCUCAUCAUGAGUUUGCUUUGGUGGAAAGAGGACUGAGUAAGCCAGUGAUUGAUACUGUUGGUUCUUCUGCUAUCAGUCCGGAGCAAAGUUCAGACGAAGAGCGUCUUGUAGAAGUAGGAUAAAGUUUAAGUUGGUCUUGAGGUUUCUAAAUAUGUUACUUGAAACAAUAUACACGAUCUAAUAAGAUUACUAUUUUUACAACUUACCAGGAAAUCUAUUUUUCGAGUUGUGGAUAAAACAAUUGUGAACAAUAUUGCAGAUUGGUG